CAAGCGCCGAGGCGCCCGCGGGAGACUUGCGCCCUGCGCACUGUUGGCCUCUGCUUGGUUCCAGGCGAACCCCACGCUUGAUGCAGUUAUCUUAAGGCGGGGAUGCACAAUGAAGUCAAGAGACACACAGCUAUAAAUAGGGUUGUGAAGCCGGAGAAUUAUGACAUGGUGCAACGAGUAAACUAUACCUGAAAUAUUGUGAGCUCAGAGCAACCUACAAACAACAGGGAAGAACUCUGAAGAUUUCGGGGCUCCUGGGAAUUUGCCUUUGGAGUACAAAUGCGACAGUCUAGGAUUUUCUUUUCAGGGAAAAAGAGUCCAAGCUUAAAAACAUUCUACAAGAUGAAGAUGCUGCUAAUCUCACUGACCUUAAUCAUCUGGGCUGGAACAUCAGCUGAUCAGAGCCCUGGUCCUGAGUUUGCUGAUGUUGUGUUCCUGGUGGAUAGCUCUGAUCACCUGGGGAGUACGUCCUUUCCCUUUGUGAGAACCUUCAUAAGCAAGAUGAUCAACAGUCUGCCUAUUGAAGCUGACAAGUUCCGUAUCGCCCUUGCCCAGUACAGCGAUGAUCUACACCAGGAGUUCCUGCUGAACACCUUCAAGACUAAGAAGGCAAUGUUUGACCACCUCAAGAAGAACUUUAACUACAUUGGUGGGUCCCUGCGGGUAGGCAAUGCUCUAGAGAAAGUCCACAAGACCUACUUCUCGGGGCCAGCAAAUGGAAGAGACAAGAAAUUAUUUCCCCAGAUUUUAGUUGUUUUGGCUUCAGCCAAAUCUGAGGAUGAUGUGGUAGGGCCUGCAGAAGCCUUACACAGAGAUGGGGUAGAAAUCAUUGCACUGGGGAUACAAGAGGCUUCAGAAGAAAACCUAAAAGCCAUGGCCACUUCUCAGCAUCACUAUAACCUUAGGGCAGUCAGAAACGUUGGAAUGUUUUCAGGCAACAUGACCAGGAUCAUUAAGGAGACAAUAAAGCAAAAGGCAAGAAUGCAAGAUGUUGAUGAAGUAGUAUGUGAAAGAGAUUCUGUGGCUGACAUUGUCUUUCUAUUGGAUGAGUCCUUGGAGGUCAGAGGAAACUUGGAAGACCUUCAGAGGUUCCUGGAGAACAUCACAGCCUCCAUGGAUGUGAGGGCAGGUUGUACCAGGAUAGGCAUGUUGAGAUUCAGCGACAGGGCGGAGGUGGUGACUUCUCUGGAAUCUCGCAUGAGCCACGCGGAGAUUGCACAGGCCAUUGGGAGCCUCUCUCUAAGGGAUGGAAAGGCCUAUAUUGGGAAAGCCUUGAAGAAGGCCAGAGAAGAAGUCUUUAGCCACAGCAGGAAGGCCCAGGGCGUGCGACAGAUAGCUGUCCUGGUCACUCAUAGAUCAUCAGAAGACGAGGUGAACGAGGCAGCUGAGGACCUUCUCCUGCAGGGUGUCUCCAUAUUUGCCAUAGGCAUUGAAGGCUACAACAUCACCCAGUUGGAACAGAUAGUGUCUUACCCUGUAGAUCAUUAUAUUUCCAUCCAGAAGAGCUACACAGACCUGGAACCUUACAGUGUCACUUUUCUAAACAAACUCCAGUAUGAAAUACAGUACAGGAUGUCUGUCCAACGUGAACAUACUGAACGUUACAGGACAGGCUGCAUUGAAACAGAAAAGGCCGAUAUCUAUUUUCUCAUUGAUGGCUCAGGAAGUGUUAAAAACUACUUCCAAGAAAUCAAGAAUUUCAUGAUUGAGGUGACGCAAAUGUUUAUUGUUGCCCCAGAGAAGGUCCGGUUUGGGGCAGUGCAGUAUUCGACCAGUAGUCAAGAGGAGUUUGGCAUUGGCGUACAUUCUAACAAGGUGAACUUAGGCAAAGCCAUUCUCAAUAUCCGACAGAUGGGAUACACGACAAAUACAGGAGCAGCCCUGAAUUUCAUGCUGCAAGUGAUACAGGGCUCCAAGAGGAAGCAGCCCAGCAACAUCCCCUGUCAUCUCCUUGUCUUGACAGAUGGGAAGUCUGAUGAUAAAGUUACAGAACCAGCCAAGAGACUGAGGGAGGAAGAUGUCAUCAUUCAUGCAAUUGGCGUCAAAGGAGCCAACAUACAUGAGCUGGAAGACAUAGCAGGGUCAAAGGACAGAGUUAAAUUUGUACAUAAUUUUGACUCUUUAAAAGGCAUAAAGGAUGAAAUUGUUCAGAGCAUCUGCCAUGAAAGAGACUGUAAAGACAAAAAAGCAGACAUCAUGUUUCUGGUGGAUAGUUCUGGGAGCAUGGGAGCUGCUACCUUCAGCAAAGUAAAAGAAUUUAUGAAAAAUCUGGUGGAUAAGUCUCAUAUUGGCAUUGAUCAAGGACAUGUUGGUGUCAUUCAGUUCAGCAAUUUUACCAAGAAAGAAUUUGGGCUCACUGAACAUAUGACCAAAAGUGACAUUUUUGAUGCAAUUGACAGAAUGAGUCCUAUUGGAAGUAAAACCUAUACAGGAAAAGCACUGAGAUUUGUGUCUGAUUACUUUGAACCCUUGAAGGGAGGACGUUCUGGUGUGAAGAAGUUUCUCAUCCUCGUCACUGAUGGGAAGGCACAUGACAAAGUUAAAGAACCAGCUUUAGAUCUUCGGAAUAAAGGAGUCACUAUCCUCUUGGUUGCGAUCUUCCGAUCAAAAUCACCUCAGCUAGAGGAUAUCACUGGAAAUGCAAACUUGGUUUAUUAUGUUGAGAGUUUUGAUAACCAAAAGCUACUUGAAGAUAAGCUGGUUUUUGAUAUUUGCACUCUCGAUGAAUGCAAACAGAUUCAAAAGCUAGACAUUGUAUUUGUGCUGGAUGAUUCCUCGAGCAUCGACCCUCAUCAGCAUCAGAGCAUGAUAAACUUUACGAUGCACUUGGUGAACAAGUCGGAUGUUGGCAGUGAUGGUGUUCAAUUUGGAGCCCUCAAAUAUGCAGAUGAUCCUGAAAUCCUCUUCUACCUUAAUACCUACCCGACCAAGGAAGGCGUCAUUAAGGGACUUAACUACUUGAAAGGAGGAGUGAACACUUACACAGCUAAGGCUCUGAAGAAAUCCCAUGAGCUAUUUACUGAGGAAAAAGGCAGUCGAAUCAACAGCGGUGUAAAGCAAAUGCUCAUUGUGAUUACUGAUGGGGAAUCUCAUGAUAGUAAAGAUCUCGAGGCCACAGCCAAGACACUAAGAGAUAAGAACAUCAUCAUUUAUGGAGUGGGUGUAGCUGCUGCUUCUGAGAAAGAACUCUUUGAUAUAACAGGCUCAAAAGACAAAUAUUUCAUGGUAGACAAUUUUGAAAAAUUGGAAGAAAUUUACCUCCCCAUUGAGAAAAAAGCUUGUGACAAUUCACUUGAUGUUUGUGACAUGAAAAAAGCAGAUAUAUUUUUCCUUUGCGAUGGCUCUGAUUUAGUAACUGAGCAAGAGUUCGGCAAAAUGGUUUAUUUUUUGGCAGACAUUAUUGAUUAUCUUGAUGUUUCAUCUGAAAACACGCAUGUUGGGAUGUCCCAGUUAGGCACCCUUCACCAGGAAAUAAUCCAACUGAAUGAUACCUUGGAUAAAAAUGAGCGGAAAGCUAAAAUUUUGGCUGCUUUAAAGCGCAAUGGAAGUCCUCGGCUAGAAGUUGCACUUCGCCACAUGAAGGACACGUUUGUUUCUGGGAGCAGGCUCGUGGCUGGGGUCCCUCAGAUACUGUUUGUUGUUCUAUCUGGGCAGCCAAAGGGAAGCGUGGCUAUGGUGACUGAGGCUGUGGCAAAAUUGAGAGAGCUUGGCGUGUGUAUCAUAGCCUUGGGGAUUGGGAAUGUUCGAAAUGAUGAAUUUCUCCAUAUCACCCACAAUCCUGAGAAGAUCAUCACAGUGUCUGAUUUUGAUAACUUGAAGAAAGUAGAGGUGAAAAAAAGGGUCGCCCGGGAAAUCUGUCGCAACUGUCAGCAAAAGAGUUGCUUUGUGGAUACUCUUGUGGGCUUUGACAUCUCAACCCAUCGGAGAGGGCAGACCUUGUUUGAGGGUCAACCACACCUUGAAUCUUACCUUCCAGGCCUCCUAGAAUCUAUUAAUUCCCUAAGAGGUGUGAGCUGUGGAAGAAAGACCCAAGUUAGUGUGGCAUUUAAAGUGAACACUGAUACCGGUUUUGAACCCAGGUUCCAAAUCUAUGCAGAAACAAUGAUGGAAACCCUGAGACAGGUCACAGUCAGUGGGCCGUCUCACCUUCAAGUGGCUGAUCUAGAAUCACUUUGGAGUGUAUUUAAUCACUCUGAAAAUCAUGGAAAGGUGAUACUCAUUUUUUCUGAUGGUCUCCAGCAUGGGGCUAAUGAUCUCUGGAGGCUUGAAAAGAAAUCAGAUGAGCUCAGAGAACAAGGGCUGAUGGGUUUGUUCGUUGUUGCCCUGAACACCACCUCUCAUCAUGAUGACUUUUCAACUAUGGAAUUUGGAAAAGGAUUUGACUACAGGACACAUUUAAGCAUUGGCAUGAGAGACUUGAGUGGCACACUGACCAAGUACCUGGACAAUAUUGCAGAAAGACAUUGCUGCUGUGCCCUUUGCAAAUGUUCAGGGGCUCCAGGGGCUCCAGGAUCACCAGGAUCGAGAGGCGCAAAGGGAUUUUGGGGUCAGAAGGGCAGCCGAGGGCACACAGGAGAAGAGGGAGAACCCGGGAUACGAGGAAACAGUGGGCCAGAAGGAGAAAGAGGUGCUCAGGGAUGUCAGGGUGAUAGGGGCCUUAAGGGAGUCAGAGGAAUGGAUGGAUUUGAGGGAGAAGAAGGAGAUUAUGGAAUUGAUGGGAUAAAUGGAGAAGAGGGCUUCCAUGGAACUUUUGGGAAGAAGGGGGAGAAAGGUGACCCAGGAUCCCAGGGAAGUCUGGGUACCAGAGGCCCCCCUGGUGUCCAUGGCGGAAAGGGAUUUCCGGGAGAUCCUGGUGAACCUGGAAAUGACAAUUUCUCCAGAGGGCCUAAGGGAGCCAAAGGAGAGCAAGGAAGACAAGGUCGAAGAGGGCAGAAAGGCACAGACGGCGAGCCCAACUCGAGAGGAGACAUAGGACCAAUAGGCCGAAGAGGGACCCAUGGACCAAAGGGCCUACGUGGGAACGUUGGCCCGAAGGGCGAAGACGGACCUGAAGGAUUAAGAGGAACUGAGGGACAAAUUGGAAAUACUGGACAGAAGGGAGAAAAAGGAAGUCCUGGAAACAAAGGGCCUCAGGGGUCUUCUGGAUCAGCAGGGACUAAAGGGAGUCCUGGAAAACCUGGAACAUUAGGAAGGAAGGGAGAACCGGGAGUUCCAGGUGAUAAAGGAACCAUGGGGCCAACCGGAUCACGUGGAAUGCAGGGAGACUUGGGCAUUGCAGGCUAUGGCCGCCAGGGAAGGAAAGGAGCAAAGGGCCCAAGAGGACAACCGGGAGACAGUGGGAACCAGGGUGAUGUUGGUGACCCAGGAAUUCAAGGGGAAGCUGGACCUAAAGGAUUCAGAGGACUCGCAUUUGGCCCGGGUCCAAAGGGUGAAAUUGGCUUUCCUGGCGCUCCGGGACCUGCGGGGCCAAGGGGUCCUAAAGGCAUGAAGGGACAGCCUCUAAGUUCGGAAUGUGAGCUUCUUAAUUUCCUGAGAGAUCAUAGUCCCUGUUGGGAAGGCAAAUGCCCUGUCUACCCAACAGAAUUGGUAUUUGCAUUGGAUGUGUCAAGACAGAGAUUUGAAUUUGUGAAAAAUAUGACCAUUUCCAUUGUGAAAGACCUUAAAAUCAGGGAAAACAACUGCCCCAUGGGAGCAAAAGUUGCUGUCCUAUCCUACAGUUCUGACAGCAGGUAUCUUGUCCGCUGGUCAGACUAUUCCAGCAAGCAGCAGCUCCUCCAGAAGCUCUCCAGAAUGACAUUUCAACGACCUUCCUAUCCUAGAGAUCUUGGCGAUGCCAUGGUAUUUGUGGCCAGGAAUGUUUUCAAGCGAACCUUACCAGGACCUAACGUCAGGAGGCUCACUGUGUUUUUUAGUGACAAUCAAUCUCCAGAUAUAUCCUCGAUCAUCACUGCCACCAUGGAGUUCAGUGGCCUCAAUAUCAUUCCAGCUGUAUUUGCUUUUAAUGAAAUGUGCCUUGAGGAGGCCUUCCAGUUCAAUGACACUGGCACCUAUCAGGUCAUUCCAGUUCUACCCUCUCAAUUUUCUGAGCCAAUAGAAAGACUUCGUCAAUGCACACUUUGCUAUGAUAAAUGCUUCCUAAAUGUUUGUGCAGAAGAGCAAGUUGAUCAAAUAAAUUCAUACAUGGAUGCCCUCUUCCUUCUGGACAGCUCCCGGCACGUGACAGGAGAUGAGUUUGAGCAAAUGAAAUCUUUUCUGAGCUCGGUGCUUGACAGCUUUGACAUUUCUGAAGACCCUUUUCAAUCCAAUGUAGGUGAUCGGUUGGCUUUGCUAAGCUAUUCACCAGGGGAUUUUUCCAGGAGAAGGAUAAGCACCCCUGUGAAGGAAGAGUUUGUCUUUACCACCUAUAACAGCAAAACCCUAAUGAAGAGGUAUAUCCAGGAUUCCCUUAAGCAACUUCAUGGAGAAUCCUUUGUCGGCCAUGCCCUGCAAUGGACAACAGAGAGGGUCUUCUCCAAUACAGAGCAGUCAAGGAAAAACAAAGUCAUAUUUGUUAUAUCUGCUGGAGAAAAUAAUGAAAAAAAGGAUGUCUUAAGGGAAAUGGCCCUGAGGGCUAAAUGCCAGGGGUAUGUCAUAUUUGUGAUUUCUCUGGGAUCCACACGAGAAGAAGAAGUAGAAGAUAUAGCCAGCCUCCCUCUAGAUCAUCAUUUGAUUCAACUUGGCAGAAUUCACAAACCCAAUUUGGACUAUGCUGUGCGGUUCAUUAAACCUUUUGUCUACUCAGUCAGACGAGGAUUCAACAAAUACCCCCCUACAACAAUGGAGAGACAAUGUAAACUCAUCUUGUCAGAACCAUCAUUUUUUCUAAACAGGAAUAAUAUUUUUACUUCUGACAUUUAUGACAUCUCCUCUGGUGAAAAUGUUUUGUUAAGUGAAGUGGCAAGGAAUCCAGAACAUUCCCCAAUUUUACUGGAAGACAAUCAAAGUGAGGAAAUGGUCUACCUUCCCUACCAAAUGUUAAUGCCAGAGGAACUGAUAGUGAAAUAUCCUAAAACAGUGGGGACUGAAGAAAUAAAAACUCUUACUUCAGAAAGCAUAGUAGACAAUGCCCAGGAUUUGGAGUCAGAGGAAAUGGGUAUGAAGCCUGGCUCUACCUAUAUGGUUUUAGAGAGUCCAUAUCUUAUAGCAGGCAAACCAAUGGAUAUGGAGAUGGUGGACAUGGAUUUGAAGCCUGUCUCUGCCUAUCUGCCUGUAGGAGACGAUAACCUUGGAGGAAAAGAAGAAUCAGGCUUCCCUUUGGAAUCUGGCACUCUGUCUCCGGAAGAUGUUUUUAUGGAUGUAGCUUUCCUCCUUGACUCUUCACGGAAUGUGGGAAGUUCUGAGUUUCAGGAAAUAAAAGAAUUGAUAGCUUCAGUAUUUGACUACUUUUACAUUGCCCCAGAUCCGGUGACCUCUCAUAUAGGAGACAGAGUAGCCCUUCUGAGCUAUUCCCCCCAGGGCUAUAUGCCCAACGCAGAAGAAUGUCCAGUCUACGUGGAGUUUGAUUUAGUUACUUAUAACAGUGUACAUCAAAUGAAAAGCCACGUGUGGGAAUCUCUUCAGCCACUGAAUGGUGAAUCUUUUGUUGGACAUGCCCUGAAAUGGACGAUCGAUAACAUCUUCUCAGAGACACCCAACCUGAGAAAAAACAGAGUUAUCUUUGUGAUAUCUGCUGGAGAGACCAAUUAUUUGGACCGAAAAGCUUUAAAGGAAGAAGCUCUGAGAGCCAAGUGCCUAGGCUACACCAUCUUUGUGUUGUCCUUUGGCCCCAUGCACAAUGACAAAGAGCUAGAAGAGCUAGCCAGCCCACCCCUGGAUCAUCACUUGGUCCAGCUGGGAAGAAUUCAUAAACCUGACUUUGACUAUAUCGUGAGGUUCGUUAAACCAUUUCUCCAUUCGGUCAGACGUGCAAUCAACCAAUAUCCCCCUGCAGAUUACACUCCAAACUGUAUUAAUGUGACCUCUUCUAGCCCAAAGAAACUUAAGGAAGAACACAUCAUAUUUCUCCCUUUUAAGAGAUAUGAGAUGGAGGCAGAAAAUAAUGACUUCUCUGAUGAAUAUGAUUCUGAAGAGCACCUGGUCAUUCUGGAGGGCAAUCACAGUGUUAACUCUGGACACGUUUUUGACUUGAUCCAUGAGCUACACCGUCUCUUUUCUACUGGGGAAGUCUCAAUGAAUGAUCAGGAAGCAGCACGUUCAAAAGAAAAUGCCACCUUCGUUGAAGAUGAACAAAAAACUAACAAAGAUGAUGAAGACAUAAGAUGAUAACCUCAUUAAAAACAAGAGAUGACUUACCAUUUGUCUAUUGUA